AUGACCAUCAGACGCUUAGAUCAAGGGCAGCGUCACCGGCCAAGGAUGGCAUUCCUGAAAAAGUUUGAAGUUCUGUUGGUGGAGAUGCAAGAUCCGAAUUCUGGCAUCAAAAUGCACACUCAGAGGGUCAUGAUCACGAAUAUCCCACAUGCUAUGACUGGUUCUGAUAUGUUCCAUUGGAUUAGGCAGCACCUACAGAUUGGUGAUGAAGAAGCACUAAACCUGGGAAAUAUGAUGAUCAAGUAUGGAUAUAUCUAUCCUCUUCAGGAACUAAAAAAUCUUACUCUCAGACCAGACAGCAGCCUCUACAGAUUUCAGACACCCUACUUUUGGCCAACACAGAAAUGGGCUGCAGACGAUACAGACUAUGCAAUCUAUCUAGCUAAAAAAAAUAUCAAAAGGAAAGGACUUCUAGAAGAAUAUGAAAAGGAACAAUAUAACAUGCUGAAUAAAAAAAUCAACCACAAGUGGGACUUUGUUAUUAUGCAGGCGAAAGAGCAGUAUAGGACAGGAAAGGAACGGAAAAAGGCUGACCGAUACGCUAUGGACUGUCAGGAGAAGGCAUAUUGGCUAGUGCAUCGAGCUCCUCCAGGAAUGCAAGAUACACUUGAGUAUGGACUAAACCGAGUGAGUGAUCCCAAUGAAACUAAGAAAAAAACAAUAGAUGUUUACAGGAAAGAGAUUAUGUUCUACCAGCAGGUCCUGAAGAAGACCACAGUAAAGUGUUCCGUCUCCCUGGGAGGAUUAGUGAAGUACUCCGAACAGUUCCGCUCCAGCGACCCCAUCAUUUCGGGAUGCCUCCCCAGCAACCCCUGGAUCACUGAUGAUGUUGAUUUUUGGGAGCUCAAUGCAAAGAUGGUGGAGACCCCCACCAAGAAACGAGUCGAGAGAUGGGCCUUGAAUUUUGCUGAGCUGAUGAGGGACCCCAAAGGCCGCAAGAGCUUCCGGCUGUUUCUACAGAAAGAGUUCAGCGGGGAGAAUCUGGCUUUUUGGGAAGCUUGCGAAGACUUGAAAUAUGGAGACCAAUCCAAGGUGAAAGAAAAAGCUCAAGAUAUUUACAAAACCUUCCUGGCACCAGGAGCUAGACGCUGGAUCAAUAUUGAUGGUACCACUAUGGGCAUUACAGUCAGAGGCCUCAAGCACCCUCAUCGCUAUGUCUUAGAUGCUGCACAAACUCAUAUUUAUAUGCUCAUGAAAAAGGAUUCUUAUGGUCGCUAUUUAAAGUCUCCAAUAUACAAAGAAAUCUUGUCCAAAGCAAUUGAACCGCAGCCAUCAGCGAAAAAAAGCUCUAAUCCAUUUGUUCGCAAGCAGCUCCGCUCUAGCCCCAGCCCUGUCAUCGUGAGGCAAUGGGAGGAAGAAGAGAAGGCCAGGGAAGCAGAACUCUUUGUGGAUAUCACCCAGCUGUGCCAUUUUACCGCUCCAGUUCCCCACCUGGCUGUGUACACUGGUACUUCUGACCAUCCGUCUCCUUCCAAUCCUUUCCCUCCCUCCUGCCAAGCCCUGAGCGAGCUUCCUCUUCAAUGCCCUGAGCGUGUCCCUCUGCCAAACAGCACCAGCUGCCCCUCUCCCAUGAGCAAAAACUCUGCUGUAGAUAAGAAUUGGGACACCGUUGGGACCAGCCUUAACCCCUUUCCUUCCAUAACAGAAAGUACCCAGAUCUCUGCGGAUUCCGAACCAGGGACCUGCUCUUUGGACCCGGCGGGCUCUGACGCCAAGCCCCCACCCAAGUCCCGGGUGAACUCGUCCCUCAGCAGGUUCUUGAAACGGGGAUGCUUGAACUCACCAGUUUUUGCCACUCUGUCCCCCAAAUGCUCUGCAAUGGCUCAUGGGAAAGUUCAGCCGCUAGAUGUUCUGAACCAACAGCUGCAGCCAAAGACCAAAAAAGCACCCAGCUUCUUCCGGAUAAAAGUAGACGUUCCCCUGGAGAGCAAAAUCUACCCCAUAGACUAUGAGGUGGAAGAGGAGAGCAGUCACUGGGCUGUCAAGGAUUCUGCGAAAGAAGUUAUUUGCCCAUGGGAGAACCAGACAGAAGGAGGAAAAGCAGGGUAACAAGAAGCCUGGGAAGCCGUUCAGAUUUGACCUACUUAAAAAUGGCUAAAUCCUUCUUGGCCUUGAACCAGUAGGCAUAAUCACCUACCGUUUGAUUGACGAACCAUGCUGUUAAAAGGAGGUGCAUUAGAAUAAUCAAUGUGAAUCCUCCAGCAUCAAACCAUGUGGCUUAUAAAUAAUGAACUCGGAUACACAUUUCAUUCAAAAUUCAAGACUACAAGAUGUAUCUUGGCUUGUUUCCUUCUUGUUGUUGGCUUCAGUCCCACCUUCUACUUCUUGGUAACCCUUUACUACAUCCAAAUAUAUCCUAAGAAAUUCCUACUUUGUUAGCCUUUUGGAACUAUUGUAUUUAUACCGAUUAUAAUUAUAUUCUGCUCUUUUUAAAGAGAUAUUUACAUGUAUUUCCUUGUGGUCUCCUCUCCGAGCACUGAUUAGGCUCACACCUGUACAGUGCUAUAGCAUCAGGUGCUUUCUGUUCAACCACAGGCCUUGUACCUAACACUGAUGUAGAAAAAAAUCUUGCUGUGGGAAGAUAUUUUUGAUGCAGUGCCUUUUGGUUCCAGAUGACAAAGAAAGUGCAUUCUGAUAAAUGUCUAAGCUUUUAAUAAUAACAAUAAUAACAUUCAAUUUAUAUACCACCCUUCAGGACAACUUAAUGCCCACUCAGAGUGGUUUACAAAGUAUGUCAUUAUUAUUUCCUCAGCAAAACAGCCUGUGAGGUGGGUGGGGCUAAGAGAGCUCCAGAGAGCCAUGACUAGCCCAAGGUCACCCAGCUGGCUUCAAGUGGAGGAGUGGGGAAUCAAACCUGGCUCUCCAGAUUAGAGUCUUGUGCUCUUAACCACUACACCAAACUGGCUAUAAUAAUAAAAUUAUAGCUUCUGGACUAUCCUAUGUCUGGAUAAUUGUAAGGCUAAUGAAAUGUGUUAGUAGGAGAAUAUGUAAUCCAUGUUGUCUACCCUGAGGAUUAAUUGAUCCUAACGAAGCCAAAGAUGUGCAGCUAAUUGGUGUUCCAGUCCUGAUAAUAAUUAGUAGUAAAAAUCAUUACCCAGGCCAUCGCCUCUCUACCCAGGGAAAAGCUAACAGUCCUUUGCAGCUGUCUUGCAGUGACGGAUGCUGUGAUAACUUUGCUGUAAAGAUUACCAGAAGCACCACUCCUGGGCAAGUUGCAUAAAUGAGUACCACCACCCUCAAAGUCAGUUUGUCUCUGCCCAGUGGUCGCUCCACUGUGAAAAAGCUUCCUAAAGAUUGCUUUGAUGAUGAUGAAAUGGCAUAGCCAUUCUACAGAGUUCAGCCGCUACAAUUCUUUGAAGCGAGCCAUGACAAGCUAUUCGAAGGCUGAUUUAAGUUGUAAUGCUGAUAAGGCCUGUAUUCUUAUGAAACAUUCUGAACUCUUUUAUCAGAGUUUUCUCACUGAUACCCAAGAGAUCUUGGUUUAAUUGAUACUUGAAGACCAGUAAUGUUCUUAGGCCCUUAUCUAAACCAACACAGGUAGUUUUAUAUGCUAUGUUAUGUUUGGCUGUUUUCACGCUGCUUACCGGCCACAGAACAUCGUGCCGAUUGGCAGUUCUCGUGCAAAAUCGCGCCAGGAAGACACUGUCGUUCCGGGAGCUCAGCGCAAUGUUCUGUGGCUGGUAGGCAGUGUGAAAACGGCCUUUGUUUCCAUCUUCUUUGGAAAAUGUUUUUUUUAAGUUCUCCAUUUGCUUCACAAGAGAUUCCCCGUAGAUGGGUGACUUCCUUCUAAUUAGGUGUGUAUCUUUUGUCUGUUUUAACAGGUCAUCAAUAAAAUCUAAUUUUAAUUA